AAAGAUAGAGGCGCACGUUACUUGAAGCCCAAGAGGUUAAUGGCGGAGGCCCAUGUUCGGAUGCUUUUGCACUCAAGAAGGAAGGAAGCUUCUUCUCGAUCCCAGAUCAGUCAAAACUCGAAACAAACACAAACACAACACACAGGUUUCAGAAGAAAUGGAGACGAUGAAAGGGAAGAGUGAAAGCGAAUUGGUGAGGCUGUGCAUAGAAGCUGCGUGCGAGAGCAGAGAGAGCAUCCAGAAAUGGCGGAUGCAGAGGCGGACCCUCGACCAUCUCCCUUCUCAUCUCGCCGACGGCCUCAUCCGGCGCCUGGUGUCCCGGCGGCUCCUGUACCCGUCGCUUCUAGAAGUUUUCAAACAGAGCGCCGAAGAAGUUGAUUUGAGAGGCGUUAACAACGUGGAUGCAGAAUGGCUUGCGUACUUGGGAGCGUUUCGGCAGUUGCGGUAUUUGAACCUUUCCGAUUGCCACAGAAUCACUUCUUCUGCUCUUUGGCCUAUUUCUGGAAUGGUUUCUGUUAACCACUUGCACCUCUCUAACUGCUCCAAGCUCAACGACGCUGCUAUUCAUCACAUUCUCUCUCUCUCUAACCUCCAGAAAUUACAAAUCUCGCAAACAAGUGUCACCGCCAAAGGCAUCAAACUUCUCGCCUCCCUUAAAAACCUCUCUCUUCUCGACUUAGGCGGCUUACCUGUUGAUGACGUCUCCUUAACAUCUUUACAGGUACUGGAAAAGUUAGAAUAUCUUGAUCUAUGGGGUAGUAAGGUAUCAAAUGAAGGGGCUAACAUCCUCAAUAAGUUCCCCAAGUUAACCUAUCUAAAUCUUGCUUGGACUAGUGUCACAAAAUUGCCUAAUUUAUCAUCUAUUGAAUGCCUCAACAUGAGUAAUUGUACUAUUGAUUCAAUACUUGAAGAUGAUGAAGCUCCUUUGGCAAAACUUAUUCUCUCCGGCGCUACAUUCCGGAGCGAAUCGGAGUUUCUCUUACACGCCAAUACAAACUUUUUGUCCUCUCUCGAUGUAGCCCAUUCUGGCCUUAGUAAAUUCUUCUUCUUGAGUAAAUUGAAAGUGAUAGAACAGCUCAAUCUCAGCUCUUGCAUGGUCACUGAUGAUUCGAUUGAAAUGAUCGCGGGUGUUGGUGUAAGCUUGAAGAGUUUGAAUCUGACUGGUACUAAGGUCAGCUCCGCAGGCAUAGGGAUUUUAGCUGGACAUGUCUCCAAUCUUGAGAUGCUUUCAUUAUCUCAGACACUGGUGGAUGAUACUGCCAUCUUGUAUAUCAGCAUGAUGCCUUCUUUAAAGGUUCUUGACCUUAGCAAUACAAUGGUGAAAGGAUGCUUACCACAGGAAAAUACCGACCACGGCUCACCGCACUCUCUAACAGCUCUACAAAGUCUUAAACAAUUAGAAAGCUUGAAUUUGGAACACACACGAGUUAGGGAUGAAGCUUUAAGCCCUUUGUCAAGCUUCAAAGAGCUGAGAUAUUUAUUUCUUAAAAGUGCGUCACUUGCAGACAUCUCACUUUACUAUUUAUCAUCAAUUCCUAAAUUGACUAGUCUUAGUAUUUGUGAUGCGGUAUUGACAAAUUAUGGGCUUCAUAUGUUUAAACCUCCUCAAACACUGAAACUAAUGGACCUCCGAGGUUGUUGGCUCUUAACUGAGGACACUAUCAUGUCGUUCUGUAGAAUUCAUCCACAAAUUGAAGUACAGCAUGAACUUGUUACCAUUGUUCCUCUUCACCAAGGUGGACCAAAUCAUCCUUCUCCGUCUCAGUUAACUUCAAAGGCUACGCAAGCAGCUAAAAAGAAAGAAAACUUGUCUAUAUCUCCAGAUUUUAUAGAUCAAAGGCUGAAGUAUAGCAGAGACGAGUUACUUGCGUUGCAGUUCAUGUCUUUGCCUGUUGUAUCCUCUAGUGAGAGUGGCGAUUCAAUAUUCAAGCAACAGUUAAAUUGAAUAAAGAAGCAACCAUAUAAACAAGGCAACAAGCAGAAGCUAUACAUAGAAGAUGAACAAGGCAAUACACAUUAAGGACCAUAAGAAACAGAAGUCAACAAAGAGUCUUGCCUUCUUCUCCAACAAAAGAAACAGAAGCAGGAGAAACAAAACUAGAAUCAUGAAAGCAUAAUGGAAUUAGAAUCAACAACAAUAAAGCACAACGGCGAGUGACGAGGAGCAGCGGCGACCGACGAGGAGUAGUGAUGACCGGUGACCAAACGAGGAGGAGCAGCAGAAACGGCAAGCGGUGCGCGAUGUCCACCCUCACAGAUCUGCUGGCCUCGACAUCGAGCGAGGAAGAGGAGCAGCAGCGAGAUUUGAUGGCGAGAACGCGAACGACGAGGAGUGACUGCAAGCAGCGGCGGCGGAUUCCCUUUCCCACCUUCCCUUCCACCUCUUCUUCCCUGAUCACCCCCAAGCGUGAUUCACUUCCUCCUUUUCCUUUAACCCAUUUUCUUUUUUUCUUUUUAUUUAUUUUAUAUUUUUUUUAGUUAAGAA